CUCCAACACAACUUUUCUGUGGCAGGAGGACGUGCGGGCUGAGGACCUGGGCCCGGCUUGGUGAUAAGGCUCUAGGAUGGGGCCGGCUAGGCUGUGGCUGCUGGGAGCCUGGAUCCUGGCCUCUGUGCACUGUCAGCCCUUUCCUGCCCACGGAGCUAAGAGCCCAGGGGCACAUCAACCCCCCAGCCAUCAGCUCUCGGAGCCAGCUCCUGCCUACCACAAAGUCACACCCACCAUUACCAGCUUCGCCUUGCGCCUGUACAAGAGGCUGGCGGCGGGCACCCCAGGAAACAUCCUCUUCUCUCCCGUGAGCCUCUCCAGCAUGCUGGCCCUGCUCUCCCUUGGGGCCCAAGGUGACACCUCAACACAGAUCCUGGAGGGCCUGGGCUUCAACCUCACAGAGACCCCAGCAGCCGACGUCCACCGGGGCUUCCAGAGCCUCCUCCGCACCCUUGACCUGCCCAGCCCCAAACUUGAACUAAAAGUCGGGAGCUCCUUGUUCCUGGACAAGCGGCUCAAGCCCCUGCAGCACUUUUUGGACAGCACCAAGGAGCUGUAUGGCGCUUUUGCUUUUUCUGCCAACUUCUCGGAUCCGGCUACAACCUGGAGGCAGAUCAAUGAGUACGUGAGAAAGCAGACGUACGGGCACGUCACGGACGGCCUGCCGCAGUUCAGCCACGACACGCUCAUGGUUCUCUUGAACUACAUCUUCUUCAAAGCCAAGUGGAAGCAUCCUUUCGAUCGCUACCAGACCCGGAAGCAGGAAAGCUUCUCGGUGGAUGACAGGACCUCUCUCCGCGUCCCCAUGAUGCAGCAGAGGGAGAUGCACAGGUUCCUCUAUGACCAGGAGGUGGCGUGCACCGUGCUGCAGAUAGAGUACAGUGGCAAUGCCUGGCUGCUGCUGGUGCUCCCUGACCCCGGCAGGAUGAGGCAGGUGGAGGCCGCUCUGCAGCCAGAGACCCUGAGAAAGUGGGGACAGCUGUUCCUGCCCAGCCUGCUCGACUUGGUGUCACACAAGGCCGCGGUGGACAUGAAUGAGAAGGGAACCCAGGCAGCGGCCGCCUCUGGCCUCCUCUCACAGCCCCCGCCCCUGAACGCAACGUCGGCCCCUCACGCCCAUUUCAACAGGCCCUUCCUGCUGCUGCUUUGGGAGGUGACCACCCAGAGUCUGCUCUUCCUGGGAAAAGUCGUGAACCCAGUGGCAGGGUGACGGCGGUGGAAGGUCCCAGGGGUCCUCUCUCCCCACCAAACAGGAAGGCUGGGCCCCCUGCACUGCGGGAGGGCAGACCAGCUCGUGGGUGUGCAAAGGUGACAAUAAAGUUGGCCCUGGGUGUCACAAACCCUGAGGAGCCCUGCUUAGAGGGA